UAUCAUUAAAUGUAAGAUCUUAAUUCACUAAAUAAUUUUAAAACUCGUAAAAUUGAAUGAGUGUUGUUUACUGGUGGUUUGGGUGUUGUGGCAAACAAAUUUACAAUUAAAGGACUUGAUAUUUUUAUAGCGUGAGAGAAUUUUGAAUUUAGCAGAAACAUAGUUUUGUGUUUUUCUGGUGUGUUGUUUUUAUUAAAAAUUGAACCGAAGAGGUGGGCCGAGCUAUCUCAAAAUUUUCAUGCGUAGCUCCUCAAUAAAACUGAUGUCAAUACAUUAGAAAAGCGUCCUGAACUUAUCAUGAAAUUAAGAUUCAGUAUCGUCGUAUCUAGUAUGAAAAUCUUCAUCUACUGCAGUAAAGUUUGAACAGUUUAUUGUGCCGCAGCGGCUUGAUUUUCAGAUUAAAUUGACGAAUCACCAAAAAAAUACCGAAAGAGUCAGUUAGUCGAUGUUUGUAUUCGUCAGCAUUGCCAACGGAAACAUCGCAAAAGUACAUCCACAAACCACCACUUCUAAGCGGGAAGUGGCGCUUGUAUUUGCGAGCUGCGAAUGUUGCGAGCCGUGAACGUACAAAAGAAUUACUUCUUUUUUCUGGGAAAAUCUGCCGUGAGCGGGUCCACGCAUGUUUAUACCUUUGAUCCUAACGAUCAUUGCUCGACCAGUCGUAGUAAGUGUUGGACAUCCUAUCGUUCUACUUGGCAUUUGUUUUGAUCCAUCUUCCUCAAGUACGUGCAUAGGCUACUUUUCAUCGCUUUUGACAAGCAAUAUGGACGCUGAACGUAAAGCCAUAGUUGAUCAUUUGUCUCGAGGUGAUACCAAAGAUUUUGCGUUGAGUUCGGACAAAGAGUAUCAAAUAAAAAGUGCAAAAGAAUCUAUUGAAGCCAGAAAAAAAGGAAAUGACAUAUAUAUAAAAAAAAAGCAUACAGACUACGACCAUAGAAUGAUUCUGAAUUAUUAUAACAAAAGUAUAGCUUAUGCUCCUAAUGAAUCUGAAGAAUUGAUGUAUGCUUAUAGUAAUCGAGCAUAUUUACUGAUGCACAUCAAUAAAUAUAAUGAGGCGAUAGAUAGUUUAGAAAAAGCCCUACAAUUGACAAAUUCAACCAAGAUGAAAUUGAAACUAUAUUGCCAAAAAGUCAAAUGUCUUGCUGCUCUUGGAUCUUCAACAAAAGAUGAUGUAUUGAAAGAGAUUGAUGAAAUAUUCCAUACAUCAAAGAUAUCCGUAGAGGAUGCAACUUUUGUACCAAUUAUUAUUGAGAAAACAAAGUCUGAAGUAGCAUCAAUUAAGCGCUAUGAACCUAAAAAUCCAAAGUUAUUACAAGAAAAAGAAGAGCGUAAUAAAAUUAUUAAUGACAAAGAAAAAGUUCCAUUUGAAUUUGUUGAAAUAAAACCAACAGAAAAUAUAGGCAGAGGUCUAUAUGCCAAAACUGAUUUUAAAACAGGUGAUAUAGUAUUAGUAGAAAAACCUUGUUUAACUCAGCCAGAUUUUGCAAAUGGACAUGUAUUAUGCUGUCAUUGUUUAGCAGUUGCAUGGACUGGAAUUCCAUGUGAAACAUGUCAUGAAUAUAUAUUUUGUUCACUAAAAUGUAAAAGCAUGGCUUGGGAUGAGUAUCAUCACACUGAAUGCUCAAUAACACCAUAUAUUAUUCAACGUAACUCAGAAAUUCUUAAAUGGACUCACAUGAGCCUUAAAUUUAUCAUUUCAUUAGUGACAGAAAAUAAAUCAAUUGAUGAGCUUAAAUCAAAACUAAAAAUUUCCAAAAAUAAUAAAGUUGAAAUAGUGAUUGAUAAACCUGGACAAAAAUCGGAAUUAUUCAAUAAAUUGAUGAGGUUGUCUUAUAAGUUACCAGAUAAUAAAUAUGUAGGUGGUUGGGGUGAUAUACAUUCAAAUUGUGCUGCAUCCACCUAUACUGUUGAAACAUUGAUACUUUUGCUUAAGUACUCAUCGUUCUUUUCUGGAAAUUUGAGAACUAUGCAGUACAAUAAGUAUUCCAAGAAUGAAAAUUUUAUUUUUAUUGGAUCCUUACUCUUGAGAUUGGUGAAAAUCAAUGCCAUUAAUGGUCAUAAUAUUUCAGAUACUACACCUAGCGCCCAAAGAAAUUACUAUGCUAAAGGUAGAGGACUGUGCACUGGACUUAUCAGUAGUAUGAUCAAUCACAGUUGUUCACCGAACAUUAGAAAAUGUUUUUCAGAUGAAAUGAAGUUUGUUUAUUAUGCAGUAGAACCAAUUACUAGUGGAACACAGCUUUUAGAUUCAUACGAUGCCUGCUUUUAUGAGACUCCUAAAAGUAUGCGUAGAAUGCAAAUAUAUACAACUUUUGAUUGCCAUUGUAUUGCCUGUGAGGGAAAAUGGCCUCCUUAUUUGGUACAUGGUAUGUCUGAAUUUAUUACUGCUCAUCUACAGGAAAAUGAUCCAAAAUUUUGGUCGCUAGAAAAGAGUUAUUUGGACAAAAUCAAACCAUUAAAAGCCAAAAUGUCUGAUCGAGCAUUCUAUUUGCGUAAAGAUUCAAUACAAACUGUGACUAAUUUGAUGAAUGAAAUAAUAAUACCUCAGCCUAGCAUAGCUAGAUCUAACUUACUUCACGUUGUUAAUCAUGCUCUUCAGACCUAUUAUGGUCUUACUGAGCCCUUUGAAAAUUGUUAAAUGAGCUUUAGUUAUUUCAUAGAAGACAAUGGUUUUAUAAAUUAAAAACUUUUGCAUAAUCUUUUGUUAGAUAGCUUUGAAAAAGCCAAUACAUUUAAAUAGUUCUUGAACCUAUUAUUGAAUAAGUUGUUUCAAUAAGUUUGAAUGUAAAACAUACACAUUUAUGUAUAAUACUUAAAAACCUUUACGUUCUUAAUUAUACUAGUGUAAUUAAGCAAUUUUUCGCUGACAUGCAUAUUUCAAUCUAUGAUGUUUUUAUAAAAAAAUCAUACUUUUGUGCACAAUAAAAAGCAACUAGAAAUGAUAAAA